AUGGGUUACGACACCUAUAAUGCAUUUGAGGCAGAUUUCGAUGGCGCAUUGGCGAUCGAGCAGGGGCGACUCAUGGAAAAGUACGGCCUAGUCGACGCGGGCUAUGAUACCUUCAUUCUGGACGACUUUUAUGCCCUUGAGAACCGAUCCGAAGACGGCGAGAUGGUCGCAGAUCCUGUCAAGUUUCCACAUGGGAUGCUGAACUGGACAAAGACAAUGAAUGGCUUCGGAAUCUCGGGCAGUGCCUACUCCUCCAACGGCUACAAAACCUGCGCAGGUUACCCAGGCUCGUACGGGCGCGAGCUCCAGGAUCUCGAGACGUGGCGUUCCUGGGGCUGGAGUAAAAUGGUCAAAUAUGACAAUUGCUACAUACCCUACGAUAACGUCACCAUGGAGAACCAGUACGGUCGCUUUAAACGCAUGCAGGAUGCGAUCAACGAACUCGCGGCAAAGUACGGGGAAAAGCCGUUUGUCUACUCGCUCUGCCAAUGGGGAUGGCAGGGACCUCAUAACUGGGCACCCCGGAUCGCACAGGCAUGGCGCAUCGACCCAGAUAUCAAGCCGUUUUGGGCGGACAUUGCGAGCAUCCUACAUCUUGCUGCUACUUCCUCUCUUCUAACAGACCAUUACCGCCACGCAGAUCUCGACAUGCUCGAAGUCGGCAACUCCGGACAAGGGUCUCCGCCCGGGAACCUAACGUAUUACGAGCAGCGAACGCACUUCACGGCAUGGGCAUUCCUCAAGUCCCACCUCCUGAUCGGCACGGACUUGCGCAACGCCACAAACCAAACCCUCGAGAUCUUGCUCAACAAGGACAUCAUAGCGAUCAACCAGGAUCCCAACGAAGGCGCCGCCGUGGUACCGUUCCGGAUCGGGAAUCAGCCAGACUACACGACGAUAACCUACAACGCCAGCUCUCCGCCGGAAUACUGGGGCGGGAACUCGUCCUACGGCCCCGUCUUCAUGAUCAUCAACACCGCAGACGAGAAGCGGGAGAUGCAGUUCAACCUGACCGAGAACUGGGCGGUGCGCGCGGGCAGGAAGUAUACCGUGUACGACAUGUGGCUGCACCAGGACGUGGGCGUCGCGACCCGGGAGUGGCGCGUCACUCUCGAGCCGCACGACGUCGCGGCACUGCUGCUAAAGGACGCGGGUCCCGAGGGCGAAGGCAUAGAUCCGCCGUGCGCCCCGCCGUUCUCCAUCUAUCAGUGCACGUCGACUAAUGGGAGUUACAUAUACAACGGCUCGCUGUUGAAGUGGGGUUGGUAG